UUAUAAUUUCAAGAAAUGCUGUGACCUAUUUGAAGAACGUCGUUCACAGGAACUUUCGUUUUGUGCUAAUUUUUUUAAAACUAGAAUGGCUUUGAAAAAAAAACUCAAACUAUUCAAGAAAUUAUUUUUUCACUGCAAACUUUGGAAGUUUAGCGUUAUUGUGUUUGUCUUUCUGGUGUUUUUAUUUUUAUUACAAAGAGAAGUGGGUGUUGAAGAUUUUAGAGAUGAAGCAGGGAUUGAGCCAGCUGUUGGAAAGAAGAGUCAGGUAUUAGGUCUUGUGUUAAAUUCUAUGAACAAUAUCAAAGGUGCAAAGCCAAAAAUGCAGAUAAAAGCACCUGUUCGGCAAACCAAGAUUCCUGGAGAGAGACACUGUUUGCCAGGAUACUAUACUGCAGUGGAGCUAAAACCCUUUCUAGAUCGACCCCUUCAAGAUCCUAAUGCUCCUGGAGCUUCUGGCAAAGCAUUUAAAACCAUCAACUUAAAUUCAGAAGAAGAGAAAGAAAAACAGCGUGGAGAAGAAAAACACUGCUUUAAUGCAUUUGCAAGUGAUAGGAUUUCUUUACACCGAGAUCUUGGACCAGACACUCGACCUCCUGAAUGCAUUGAACAGAAGUUUAAGCGUUGCCCGCCAUUGCCAACCACAAGUAUUAUAAUAGUUUUUCAUAAUGAAGCAUGGUCCACUCUGCUCAGAACUGUUCACAGCGUGAUGUAUACUUCUCCUGCCAUACUGUUAAAGGAGAUUAUUUUGGUGGAUGAUGCCAGUGUAGAUGAAUACUUGCAUGAUAAACUAGAUGAAUAUGUGAAACAAUUUCAAAUAGUUAAAGUAGUCCGUCAAAAGGAAAGAAAAGGUCUAAUCACUGCACGGUUGUUGGGAGCUUCAGUAGCAACAGGAGAGACCCUUACCUUUCUGGAUGCUCAUUGUGAAUGCUUUUAUGGCUGGUUAGAGCCAUUAUUGGCAAGAAUAGCUGAGAACCCUGUUGCUGUUGUAAGCCCUGAUAUUACUUCUAUAGAUCUCCAUACUUUUGAAUUCAUUAAACCAUCUCCUUACGGGCGUAGCCACAACAGAGGAAAUUUUGAUUGGAGUUUGUCAUUUGGAUGGGAAUCUCUUCCUAAACAUGAAAAUAAAAGAAGAAAAGAUGAAACCUAUCCAAUUAGAACACCUACUUUUGCUGGAGGUCUCUUUUCAAUAUCAAAAGACUACUUUGAACACAUUGGAAGCUAUGAUGAAGAAAUGGAAAUAUGGGGAGGUGAAAAUAUAGAAAUGUCUUUCAGAGUAUGGCAAUGUGGUGGACAGUUGGAGAUCAUGCCUUGCUCUGUUGUUGGCCAUGUCUUUCGCAGCAAGAGUCCCCAUACUUUCCCAAAAGGUACUCAAGUGAUCACACGUAAUCAAGUCCGCCUUGCAGAAGUCUGGAUGGAUGAAUAUAAAGAAAUAUUUUACCGAAGAAACACAGAGGCAGCAAAAAUUGUGAAACAAAAAACUUUCGGAGACAUCUCAAAAAGACUUGAUUUAAGGCAGCGUCUGCAGUGUAAAAAUUUUACCUGGUAUCUCAGUAAUGUUUAUCCAGAAGCAUAUGUGCCGGACCUGAAUCCUUUGUUUUCUGGCUAUUUAAAAAAUACAGGCAACCACAUGUGUCUGGAUGUUGGUGAAAGUAACCAUGGUGGCAAACCAUUGAUUAUGUAUUCUUGUCAUGGACUUGGAGGAAAUCAGUACUUUGAAUAUUCUGCACACCAUGAAAUUCGACAUAACAUUCAGAAGGAGCUUUGUCUGCAUGCUGCUAAAGGACCUGUGCAGCUUCGUGAAUGUAACUACAAAGGCCAGAAAACCUUUGCCGCUGGAGAAGAGCAGUGGCUGCAUCAAAAGGAUCAAACUCUGUACAAUGCAGCACUACAUAUGUGCCUUACAGGAAAUGGAGAGCAUCCGAGUUUGGCGUCCUGUAAUCCAUCAGACCCCUUCCAGAAGUGGAUCUUUGGCCAGAACAUUUAAGAUUUAGUAUUUAUAGGCCAGGAGCAUUUUAAUAAAAGAAAAGAUCCAUUCUAAACUGUGACUUGUAUAUACACAUAUACUGCAUUUUUAAGUGAUGCGUACUUUAAAUGCAAAAUGUUUAAACCAUUUCUUGUCCCUGUUAUUUAAGUUGGAUAUAAAUGUGUCAUCAGAGAUUCCCUAGGAGUCUGUUACACCAAAGAUGACUGAGAUCC